AUGUUUUGGCGUUUCGGCUUUAAUAACCCAUCGGCGAUCGAUGCAAUACUUGAUAAAGAAGAUGUUGAAUUGCAAGAAAUCCUCAAUGAAGGCGAUGUCAUUCAAGAAGUCAAGACACACAAUCAACGAUUGAUUGACUUUUUGUGUCAGCGGCAGAACCUCUCCCAGCUUCUACAAUACCUGACGGCGGAAUCACUGGAUCGUGAACAAUGGAGCUAUCCGCUCAUUGCAAGUGAAAUAUUAUCAAGUGAUAUUCCUCAAAUAUUAGACAGCCUGUUGAUCGAUCAUGUGGAUCUUUUGAAGGGCCUUUGGGACUUCUUAGAUAAACCAGCCAUGACCAGAGGAGCCACCGGUAUGCCGUUUGACCUUGCAGCCAACUUUGCAAAGGUUAACUGUUCAUUGCUUGCCAAACGAUCAGAGCCAAUGCUUGCAUUUGUACAGUCCGUCCCCAAUGUUUUCCAAAAGAUUAUGACCCACUUGGAAACGCCAGCUAUCACUGAUCUUCUGUUGACUUUAAUUCGGAUGGAAGAGGUGCUACCGGAAGAUAAUAGCUCCAUUAAUUGGUUGCAUGAACAAGGUCUACUGGAUAAUUUGAUCAGCAAACUGGAUCCCAAUCUUGAUCCUGAUGAGCACUCCAUAGCACAACAAGUCAUCUCGGAAAUAAUACGAAUGUCACAAACGAGCAUUCCCGAAUCCCCAAGCAUUGGAACCAAUGUCCUUAUUACUACAUUGACAAGCGAAUCAAAAAUGACACAAUUGGUUAAUUACAUGUUGGACAAAGAUGCUUCCAAUUCCACAUCAUCUCUCAUCAACGGCGUGGCCAUCAUCAUAGAUCUUAUAAGGCAUAAUAACAGCGACGCAGAACUGGAUCAAAUAGCCAUGUAUUCUGCAGAUGAAGGUGUAUCUGAACCACCCGUGACCCUUAAAGAGAUGAUGCAAGUCUUAGCCGACCGUGUUGGUGACUUCAACAACCUUCUCAUAAAUCCCAAAUCCGUGUCUUCAACCCUACCCACUACCAUAGGCGAUCGCAUGCCACUGGGAUUUGAGCGUUUAAAGAUAUGCGAACUGUUUGCGGAACUAUUGCAUUGCUCCAAUAUGGCGCAUCUCAACAAACCCCUAUUGAAGCACCACCUCGCAAGAGCAAAUUACAUCAACACAAUCGCUACUGACGAGGAACCUGAAGAAGCCGACGCUGCUGAGCCAACUGCAAAGGAAGAUGACCAAGUGUAUAUUGCAGAUUACUUGAAAUUACAGUUUAUUAAGCAUAGAGUGCUUCCUACCUGUUUGGACAUUUUCUUUGGAUUCCCAUGGAACAACUUUCUUCACUAUGUUGUCUACGACAUGCUUCACCAGAUUUUCAACGGUAGCAUGGAAUUUGGAUACAACCGUCAAUUGGCGCUCUCUGUGCUUAAAGACGGUAAAUUGACCAACCGCAUCAUCGAAGCAUACGAAUUGAAUGAACGUGAGACAUCGGUUCCAAAGGGCAUGCGCUUGGGGUACAUGGGUCAUCUUACUUUUAUUGCCGACGAGAUCUCCAAGCUCAUGGAUAACUACAGCGAAGUGGAAGCGACUGUCAGAGACGAUGUCGAUCUCCAAAAAUGGGAUAAUUUUUAUAUUGAAGUCCUUGCCGAGACUCGCGAGAGGGACACUUUGCCACUUGGUGGAGAUCGACCUAAUGCUGGUGCAACCUAUAGCAUUAGUGAAGAAGAAGAGGAUGAUGAGGAUGCAUUAGUUGGUGCACAGGACGAAUUUGCCCGGUAUAUGCAUCACGCCAAAGGUGGAUAUGACGAUGAAGACGAAGAGAUUGGCGAGAGUGGUGAUCAUUGGAUGAGCCCACCUGGAGACAACACAGAUACUAGUGGUGGAUUUGAACGUCUGCGCAUUCGCAAUGAUAAUGAUGAUGCACAAGAGACGGAAGAAUCAUCAUCUCAAGCGUGGUCAAGCUUUCCACAAACCACCAUUAUACAGCAAACGGAUGAAGAUGAAGACGAAUAUGAUCGAUUCAGUGACCGACCUGGAUUUGGCAGCUUUGACGAUAAGAAUCGCGUCGAAGGUGCACAAGGAGGCUACCAAUCGUUUGCACAGCCUACCACCGAAAAUGCUUUUGUGCCUGCAGUCAAAACUCGUGAAGAGGAACAUGAGUACAAGUAUCAAGAUGACGAUGAGGAGCAAGAAGGUGAAAUAUAGAAAUUGGUUGUUCUUUUCUUUUUAUUAGAGUGAAAGCCACACGACGACCGUGUAAAAUCAUAAAGCCUAGUAGUUAUUUGUACAGCGCGAGUGAUGGGAUGGAUGGCGAGCAAGGCAAUGGAGCUCAAUGGCAUGCAUUGUGCAGAGUUUAACUCCGUCCACUGCCUAGGACUGCCAAAAGAAUUUUUCUAAGCCACUAGCUACCGGGUAUAAAUUUUUUUCCAUUCUGCCACUUCCAUGAACCUCGUUCUUAAGCGGCUCA